AUGGAAUCUGUGGGGCAGUGCAUAGCACUUUUUCAGCAAGCAAUUGACUUGGAAAAUAUCGGAGCUGUUGACAAAGCAAUUGAAUUAUAUGAAACUGGAGUCACUCGUCUUUCUUCUUUGUUAGGAGAUGUGAAAGACCAAGCAAUGUUAAGUCAAUGUAUUGACGCUCUUAAAAUGUAUAAAGACCGCGUCGUCUUUUUAAAAAAUGAACAACAAAAGAAACUUCAAACAACGCCUCAAGUGCAAAGUCAAGUCCAAUUUCCCGAAUUACAGGCACAAGACUUUGUCCAAGUGAAACCGUCUCAUGGGGAUAACAACAACACUUUUUCCCAACAAAAUUCUUAUUCGCAGACUUUCCAGCCACAAGCUAACACUUACCAAAUUCCUCAAACGUACCAAGUCUCCGAUAAAAAGGACUUUAAUGGGCAGGUUGACGAUGUUUUGUCCCAAGUGUAUUCAGAUAUCGCGCACGAACAAAAUGCCCAAGUCCCUUUACAAAACACAUACCAAACAGACUUUUCAAAGCCACAAAACACUCCAUUUACACAAACAAGGGUACCUCCUCCCGUUCCACUUAAACGUUCUGUCAUCGACCAAGACAUUGCUAUGAUGGACGACUACAUUUCCUCCACGUCCAAGUCUUCAGACGAAAAUUUGACACAAGAGGAUCGUGACCGCAUAUACGCAACAGCUCUCCAAAAAGGCGAGCAAAGCCUUUGGACAUCUAAAGAUGAACGUAAUAUGCAAAACGCCAUUCGAGACGGUCAAAGGGCCCAGUCGCAGAUUCAGAGGGAAGAAGCCAAGUUCAACAAACUCUGCAGUCAGUCGAAAAAAGUGGACAAAGCACUUGGUCUCAAAUAA